AUGUUAUCAAGAGCAAAGUGUCUUGUCAAGUUCCCUCAUCAUGCAUUUAAACGAACUUUUUCAAUUCAAACGAAACCAGAGAUUAAGCCUAUUAAUAAGGUUUUGAUUGCCAACAGAGGAGAAAUUGCUGUUCGAGUAAUCAAAACAUGUAAAAAGCUAGGUAUUCGAACUGUUGCUGUUUUUUCGGAUGCUGAUGCAAAGUCCUUACAUGUUGCAAUGGCAGAUGAAGCAUAUCAUAUUGGACCAAGUUUAUCCUCUAAGUCUUAUUUACGUGGUGAUAAAAUUAUAGAUGUUGCUAUAAUGACAGGUUCACAAGCUAUUCAUCCUGGAUAUGGUUUCUUAUCUGAAAGUCAAGAAUUUUCUAAAUUAUGCGAUAAAUCCAAUGUAAUCUUUAUUGGACCACCAGAAAGUGCUAUUAGAGAUAUGGGCAUUAAAAGUACCUCCAAAUAUAUAAUGACUGAAGCUGGUGUUCCAUGCAUUAGUGGAUAUCAUGGAGAAAAUCAGAAUGAUGACUUUUUAGUUCAAGAAGCAGAGAAAAUUGGAUAUCCUUUGAUGAUAAAAGCUGUAAGAGGUGGAGGAGGUAAAGGAAUGAGAAUUGCACUUAAUGCCGAAGAAUUUCUUCCACAACUUCAUAGUGCACGAACUGAGUCUGAAAAGGCAUUUGGUGACAGCACAAUGCUUUUAGAAAAAUAUGUUCGAUCACCAAGGCAUGUUGAAGUUCAAGUUUUUGCAGAUAGAUAUGGAGAUGCUGUCUAUUUAUGGGAACGAGAUUGUUCAGUGCAGAGAAGGCAUCAAAAAAUUAUAGAAGAAGCUCCAGCACCGGGAAUUUCAGAAGAAUUAAGAAGACAAUUAGGUGAAGCUGCUGUUAGAGCUGCAAAAGCUGUCAAAUAUGUUGGUGCUGGAACUGUAGAGUUCAUUCUGGAUAAAGAAGAUUUAUCAUUCCAUUUUAUGGAAAUGAAUACACGCUUACAAGUUGAGCAUCCAAUAACAGAAAUGAUUACAGGAAUAGAUUUAGUUGAUUGGCAAAUAAGAAUUGCUAGCGGUGAGCCAUUACCACUGACACAAGAUGAAAUCAGUCGAAAUGGUCACGCUUUCGAAGCUCGAAUUUAUGCUGAAGAUCCAGGUAAUGGAUUUUUACCAGGUGCAGGUCCAUUAAAACAUCUAUCUACACCAGAUCCUAGUCAAUUGGUUCGUGUUGAAACCGGUGUAAGGGAAGGAGAUGAUGUGACUGUCCAUUAUGAUCCAAUGAUAGCAAAAUUAGUCGUUUGGGGGCAAGACAGAAGUCAAGCAUUGAAUAGUUUGAUUUCAAGACUGUCAGAAUAUCAUAUAACUGGUUUGGAAACGAAUGUCAAUUUCCUGAUUGAUUUAGCAAAGCAUGAAUACUUCCAAAAAGGUGAUGUUCACACAGGAUUCAUCAACCAGCAUUAUGACACACUAUUUCCAAGUAAGGUUGUAAAAAAUGAAGUCCUUGCUCAAGCUGCUCUUGGAUUAAUCAUCAAUGAAAAUAAUGCUGCGCUUAUAAAUGCAUUAAGAGCUGGAACAUCAAAUGAUCCAUUUGUUUUAAACAGCGACUUUAGAAUCAAUUCAAAUCACAUUAGAACAGUUAACUUUGUAGUUGAUGGAAAGGAUCAACAAGUUUCUUUAAUGCAGAGUCAAGAUGGAUUUAAGGUGAAGGUUAACGACGGUGAAUGGAAGAAUGUUCAAGUUUCAAAGGUCAAGGAGUCUGGACGAUUCUCUUUAAAAGUGAACAUGGACGGAGCUGUUUAUAAAUAUUCUAUCGUAAUUACACCAGAAAGUGUCACACUUUUCAAUGAGGAAGGAAAAACUGAACUUCAAAUUAAGCAGCCUAAAUUUUUGGCAUCUUCAGGCGAAGGAGAUGUAAAUAAGGCAAGUUUAGUAGCUCCAAUGCCAGGAAUAAUUGACAAAAUUUUCGUUAAUGUUGGAGAUGAAGUUCAGCCAGGACAGAGUGUCGCCGUUAUUAUAGCAAUGAAAAUGGAAUACGUGCUUAAAGCAGCUGUAUGUGGAAAAGUCAAAUCGAUUGCAGGACAUGUUGGUGAUAACAUUAAAAAAGGUGUCACUAUUGUUGAAAUCGAAGCUUCAGAAGAAUAA